GAGCCGUCAAUUAUUGUAAAAGAACAACUACCUAUUACGUAUUUUUGAUCAGAGGCGGUUCGAAAAUAAAUUUCGAUUAAAAAUAGCCUUUUCAAGGGUUUAAAAUACAUCAAAAAUAUGUCCCUGAUCAGCAGAAAUAUAUUAAGAAGCCUUGCUCAGGGUUCCCAACAUGUAGCGAAGGGUGUACACACAAGUGCGGUAACCUUGGACAAAAGUGUAUGUUUUGCUUCACAUACUGUAAGCCUGCAACCCAAUGCUAAGGAAGGCCGCAUCAAGUGUACCCUAAUCCCUGGAGAUGGCGUCGGGCCAGAGAUGGUCCACUCUGUUCAGGAAGUCUUCAAGGCGACCAGCAUCCCGGUGGAUUUCGAGCCGUUCUUCUUCUCGGAGGUGAACCCCACGCUGAGCGCGCCGCUCGAGGACGUCGUCAACUCCAUCACCAGGAACAAGAUCUGCAUCAAGGGCAUCCUAGCCACCCCGGAUUUCUCGCACACGGGCGAGCUGCAGACGCUCAACAUGAAGCUGCGCAACGCGCUGGACCUGUACGCCAACGUCGUGCACGUGAAGUCGCUGCCCAACGUCAAGUGUCGCCACAACGACGUGGACUGCAUCAUCAUUCGAGAACAGACUGAGGGGGAGUACUCCGCUUUGGAACACGAGUCUGUGCCUGGUGUCGUCGAGUGCCUCAAGAUCAUUACAGCAACCAAAUCCGAACGUAUUGCAAAGUUCGCCUUCGACUACGCGGUCAAGAUGGGCCGCAAGAAGGUCACCGCUGUACACAAAGCCAAUAUCAUGAAAUUGGGAGACGGACUGUUUCUGCGCAGUUGUGAAGAGAUGGCCAAGCUAUACCCGCGCAUUCAGUUCGAGAAGAUGAUCGUGGACAACUGCACCAUGCAGAUGGUGUCCAACCCCAACCAGUUCGACGUCAUGGUCACCCCCAACCUCUACGGCAACAUCGUGGACAACCUCGCUUCUGGUCUAGUCGGAGGCGCUGGCGUCGUCGCCGGAGCCUCUUACAGCCCCGAGUGCGCCGUGUUCGAACAGGGAGCGCGCCACAUUUUCUCUGGCGCAGUCGGCAAAAACAUCGCCAACCCUACGGCCAUGCUGCUGUGCUCCGCCAAUCUCCUGUCUCAUGUGAAUCUGCACGGAUACUCCAAGAUGCUGCGCAACGCGAUCAACAAAGUGCUGACCGACGGCAAAGUAAGAACAAAGGACUUGGGAGGUCAAUCUACCACCAAAGAUUUCACCAAUGCAGUCAUCCACUGUCUAGAAUCUGUCUAAACUGUACAAUACUCCCCUCGAAUUCACGGCCCUAGUCUAAAAUCCAAUAGUAACAAGCGCAAUUUUUUGAAGUCCAUUAUAUAAUUUUGUUAUAAUUUUAUUUGGUAAUAUUUUGAAUUUGUAAUGACAUGGCUUGUCUAUGGGAAACCACUGUCCAUUUUUGUCUCUUUCUAGGCUUGAGCCUAAAUGAGCUAAUAUCAAUUUUAUGUGAAGAUUAUCGAUAUGCGCGUCGUUGCUAUAUUCCGUUUUGGGCCGUGGGACUAUAGUGAUUUUUGCCGUAGCUAAUGCAUAGCGUAGCCAUGUAUAUACAUUUAAGGAUAAUUUAUUUUAUUUAUACGAUGAUCUGACAAUCAAUAAAUUUUUUUAUAUAGUAUUAUUGUUGGAUUAUAUAUAAUGUAAAUAAAACAUGUACAAAAUG